AUGUCUGCCGAUCUGCUCGCACUUCCCCGUCACCCCGCCUCGCUCGCCCCAGUAGCGAGCCACAACCGCGAUCUCGUCCGCCUGCUCAGCCGCCAUGUCACGCCUGACAUGGUUGAGUUCGUCGCUCAGCGAGCCUCGGAACUCAUCCAGAUUGACGGCGAGUCGUCCAGAAUUGCAGGCCCCACGCCGCCGCAUGCGGUGUCUGGCGAUCGCUGGCAAUCCUCGCCCAAGCUCAGCCUGCGCGACUUUGUGUUAACGCUCGUGCGCGUAUCGCGAGUGCACGUCGCCACGCUCCUUACGACUCUCAUUUACCUGGAGCGGUUGAGUGGCAAGCUGCCUGUCUCUCCGGAGAGGAACUGGUCGGCGAAGCAUCGUAUCUUCCUCGCCACGCUCAUAGUCAGCGCCAAGUACCUCAACGACUCGUCGCCGAAGAACAAGCACUGGGCGUCCUACUCCGUCAUCUUCUCGACUCCGGAGAUCAACCUUAUGGAACAGCAGCUGCUCUACCUCUUGGACUACGACCUCCGUUUCGAUGAGACGACUGCGCUCAACGUCUGGACGCCCUUCCUUACGAACUACUCGCAGGCCACCAGGGCUUCCGCCAUGGACAGGGUCACCCGCGGCACGCACGCCAGGUCGGAGGCCUACAGGCGCAACCAAAUGUCUCGCACAAACUCGGAAGAGAGCACGCGUUCUGGGUUCUCGCGUACCAAUUCCUUCGAGUCGACUUCGAGCAGGACGUCCCCAGAGGAAACCCUCUCCGAGAUAACGAAGCGCAUGUCGAUCGCUUCGUCGCGGCCGACGUCUACCAUCUCAGUCUCGUCAGGCCAGAGCCGCCUUGUUGUGCCACCGCCUCUGGUCCACUCGAGGUCUUCUGCCUCGACGGCGUCUUCGCGCUCGUCUUACAUGGGCUCGCUCAUCGAAGACACUGGUUCUUCAUCUGGUUCCUCGGUCUGGUCAUCGUCUGACGAGUCGGACGGCGAGCCAGAGCACACUGUCUACUCGUCUUCCUCGCGUCUUGAACGCGGGGAAGGCUACCAGGCCGACGAUGAGCACCCGGCAUUGCACACCGCGAGGAAGCCAUUCCUCCUGCGGUCCGUGCCGUCGCAUUACAAGGACCACGAUCGCUCUCGCAAGCCGUCUGACGCAGGGUCCGUUCGUACCAUCACGAUCACCCCGCCUCAGACUCAGAGGUCGACGUCGAAUUCGAGGCGCACGUCAUCGGGGAAGCGGGCAUCGAUUGCGUUCACGCAGACGCCCGCGAAGGACAUGGUCGGCAUCAACGGCACGUACCGCUCCAGCAACAGCGGGGGAUUCCUCAGCAGGAUGUGGUCUGCCGCCACGAAGAAGGACGACGCGGAAUCGCCGGAGGCUGUCUCCGCCCACGGGCUUAAGCGUCUCAUGCUUGUUGGUCACGGGCGUCAGCAUCCCAACGUCCGCCAAGCUCGCGAGGACGUCUAG